ACCUGGCGGCUGGAGUUUAUCCCGGCGCUGCAGUUCCCGAAGCUGUGUGUUUCCGAGCUCUUGCUGCUGCUGUCGUGUAGGGGUCCUAAAUCGUGAUGGGGAUGAAGGCGAAAGCCGGAAGAAAACAAUUGCUUCUCUUUACAUCGGCGAUCCUGUGUCCCCUGGUGCUGGGCAAGGGUACAGUACACAUACCAGAACCUGAAGUUCGAGUUCCUGAGAAUAACCCGGUCAAGUUGCCCUGCUCCUACUCUGGUUUCUCCUCUCCCCGUGUGGAGUGGAAGUUUGUCCAAGGUGACACCACCAGUUUGGUUUGCUAUAACAGCAAGAUCACAGCUUCCUAUGAGGACCGUGUCACCUUCUCACCAACUGGCAUCACCUUCCAAUCUGUGACCCGGAAAGACAAUGGGAUGUAUACUUGUAUGGUCUCUGAGGAAGGUGGCAACAAUUAUGGGGAGGACAGCAUCCAGCUUGUUGUGAUUGUUCCUCCAUCUAAGCCUACAGUCAACAUUCCCUCCUCUGCUACCAUCGGAAACCGGGCAGUGCUGACCUGCUCAGAACAAGAUGGUUCCCCGCCCUCUGAAUAUACCUGGUUCAAGGAUGGGGUACAGAUGCCUACGGAUCCCAAGAACAACCGUGCCUUCAUCAAUUCUUCCUAUACUCUGAAUCAGAAGUCAGGGGAGUUGGUCUUUGAUCCUGUGUCGGGCUCUGACACUGGAGAAUAUACUUGUCAGGCACAGAAUGGGUAUGGGACACCCAUGAAGUCAGAAGCUGUACGCAUGGAAGCUGUGGAGCUGAAUGUGGGGGGCAUUGUAGCAGCUGUCCUUGUAACACUGAUUCUCCUUGGAGUCUUAAUUUUUGGCAUCUGGUUUGCCUAUACUCGAGGCUACUUUGACAGAACAAAGAAAGGGACUUCAAGUAAGAAGGUGAUUUACAGCCAGCCUGCUGCUCGAAGUGAAGGGGAAUUCAAACAGACCUCGUCAUUCCUGGUGUGACCUGGCCUGGCUCAUCACCUGUCCUCUGUGCUUGCCCUACUCAGGUGCUGCCAGACUCUGGUCCCUAGUGUCAAGUUUCACAGGAUGCCUUAUUAGUCCUCUAGACCCCACAGGACACUCUACUUUUAUCUUAGUUAGAAUGUGAUUUUAAUAACGUCAGCUAUGUGCCCUCCCUCUUUCCUGUCUUCCCUACCUUUCUUACCACUGUUGAGUGGCCUGAGACUUGUGUAAUUUUUAAUUCCCUGUCCCUAGCAGGGAGCAGGCAGAAAUUCUUGGCAUGCCUCUGUUGACCCUCCCUUUCUAAGUAGACAGCAAGAGUGGCAUGGUUUACAGGAAUUUGAAAUCACUACCUGGCUUGUAAUGGCCUUUGAAUAAGGAUCUUAAGCCUAAUUCCUAGGCUUUCUCCUGCCAUAAUGAGAACUGGUGCCAGCUGCUCUGGAGUGGGGACAAGAGAGCAGAGCAACUGAAGUGGUUGUUUGGUGAUGAUAUUCUCUUUCAUCUCUGGAGCCCACUCUUCUGUCUUCCCACGAAAAGUGCCACUGGGAUCCUCCUUGCUGCCUCCUCCUCCUGAACACAAGCAGACUGACACUGUGUCUAUAGGAAAGUGGGAGGGCAUAGUGAACUUUCAGGGGACUUGGAGCAAAGACUUAAAAUCACUGAUGGAAACAAAAGAAAGCUGUUUGUGCAAGCCAUCACCUUUUCCUGAGCUGGAAUAACUGGACAGACCCUUUAAAGAUGUCUGUAGAGCUGUGAGGGUGUGUAUGUGUAUUAGUCUUGGCUCUUUGCUGAGUAUGUGUGUGUGUGUGUGUGUGUGGUCUAAGCUGUAUGCUGAAAUCAGGAGAUGUGUUGGAGGGCUAUCUAGCUCCUCUGUGAGAUUGUGCUUCUGUGUGUUCGUAUUAACCAGAUGUUACUGGAAAUAAAAACUUGGUUUAUCAAAGCUUCUUUUUGUUGGGGAUGGGAGAAAUUAGAUCUUGGAGGGUCCCUGGGCUCCUUCUUUGUACAUAGAGGAAAAUGGCCUCAAAACCCUACUUCCUAGCACAUUAGGGCCAGUCCCUUGGGCCCUCUCUUGUCUCUGUAUGCUACCCCUUCCUGGUUCUUAACUCAGGGCAGAGCUUCUGGAUUUAAGAUUUUCAUUCCAGAGCAUCCCGUGGCCAGGACUUCCUCUCUUGUGGGAGGGUACCUAGGAUGAAGCUGAUACCGUGCUCAAGGGUUGUACUUGGCCCAACUAAGAGGACAAAGUGUCCAGCCUCCUGCCCAACUGGGUAUUUAUGUACUUUCCUGAGACUGUAGGGAAAGAGACUGCCAAAGGGGAUUUCUCAGAUCACUGGGAGAAUCCCUUCUUCACUAAUAGCUUCAAGUAGUAACUAUUACAUUAUUUAGCAAGUGGGUUUCAGAGAAGGUAUUUUGAGACAGGAGCAGAAAUGAGCAAGAUCGGCCUGGUGGUCAUCACUUUCCUUCUCACAUUUGGACACUUUUCUGCCCUUAAAUUUCUCUUUGUCACAUAGCACAAUCCCCCAAUCUGUUUAUUAACUAGCAAGAGGGCAAAGAAGGUACCUAGGUUUGAUUUUGCUUAUUUCUAUCUUUGGAGGACAGUGUCACUUUGUCAUAUUCUGUCUUCUUAUGUAAAAGCUUCUAACAAUUAUAUUUUCUACCAAGGAUCUAAAGAAGAAAAUAAAACCAUUAGUUAAGGGUCAUGUACCAGUAAAAAAAUUUUCCAGAGGAAAUAAAAUUCAUUAGAUAAUAAAAAAUUAUGAGACAGUUCAGUACAGAUGAAAUUUUUGAAGUAUGUUUCAGUUCUUUGUCAUGGUUGGAGGACGUGAUGGGAGGAGUAUGGAGGAAAAACCACAACAGAACUGGUGAUUUGUGGCCUCUGUAGGUUUGAGGUGAAUGUUUCCUCACUUAGCCACUUGUGAUGAGUUAUCUCUCCAGCUUACUAAAGCCCUUUAGAAUUGGAAAACACCGUGUCUGCUUUCAUUUUAGAAGGUCAAAGCUUAUUUUUCUAAUAAAUGUUUAUUUUUCAAGUCA